AUGGACAUUGGCAAGAUGAUCAACGACGAUAAUGGGUCCGACUCGCGUCGCACCUCGGUUAAAUCGCUUCUCAACAGCCCACCCACCGGCCUACCGUCCAGUGACGACCGGCCAGACUCCAAGGCCUCCAGCACCAGCGAUUUGGCGCAACAGCUGACCAACGAGAUGGAGAGCGGCGAAGACGACGAUGACGAAGACGCCGCCGCUGCGGUCAACCACAAGCCCCGCCGGUACUCACGGCCUCCCAUCUGGGCCACCAAGUGGCAGGGUACGGGGAGACAUGCCGAGAGAGACCACAGACCUCCCCCUCACAGACAAGAUCGACGAGACCCGAGAAUGGAGCGGCAAUCAGGGGGAUCACGUGCCCUACCAGCUUCCUCCACUACCACCAUCACAGGCUGUCCUCCAUCGAUAUCGGGCAUCAAGCCGUUUGAAAGCGUCACUCGAACGGUGACUUCAUGGUUGCAUGCUCAUCUGUCCACCAUGUCGCCGGAGCAGCUUCAGACGGUCGAACUGGAGGCCAAGAUUGGUACUAUUCAGCACAAGAAGGCCGGCGCUGAUCGGGCUCGGCUAGACCUGCCUAUUGUCACCGAGGCCGUGGUCAACCAGCAGUAUGUCCAGGCCCAGUGUUCGUUCUCGUCACAGCUGCCCGAAUCGCUGCUGGAAGAGGCCAAGCGCAUUUUGGACGCUGCAGACCCCAAGUUUAUCAAGAGCACAGAGCAUACGAUCCACAGAGAUGAAAUUUACGAGGGUCAACAAGAUAAGGGCAAUCUGAGAAUCACACGGGACGAUGUCACAGGCAGACAAGUGGCCAAAAUCAGAAAAAAGGCCAUUGCUCACAUUAUGAUCCAUUGCCCCACAGACCCAUUUGACAUUCGUCUGUCGCUAGCUACUGAAAGCCCCACAGACGACGUUCCUCAGGGAGUGUGUCGAACACGCCGAAAGGACCGAAUUUCGUACCUUUAUGACGGUUUCCGAGCAGACCUGACCAAGGUGUCUGGCUCCUCCAUGUCCUCCGAGUUGGAAAUGGAGGCCGACUCCCACAAGCUCAUUGGCUACUUUACCGACAGAAACGACCCCCACAACAUGGACAAGGUAGAGGAGCUGCUGCAGAUUCUGCUGGACUCCAUGCGGUAUGUCAACCGGCGGCUCAAGGCGUAG